AUGAGAAGGCACGGCAAAGGCUCUGCGUUCGACAUCAGCAUCCACCACGAUGAGCUGGAGCAGCACCGCCGCCAGCUCGAGCAGAAACUCAAAUCUGGGAUUUCGGCGCCUCUACCUGUGGCCAGCGACGACGAGGACUCACCGUUUACCAACAACAAUAGUUCGAUAGAGUACCCGAGGCAUGAUUCUGGAGCGAUACCUUACCCGGAUUUUCCCUCGUUCGCGCAUAGGUCGGGAGAGUUUGUAGAGGCGGAUAGCCAGAUGCAUGGGUGGUCGUAUAGGACGGGCGAUGAUGACGAGGGGAUUAAUCCGUAUGGCCAGGAGACGAUGUCGACUAUGCAUCAUCAUGCUAGUGCCCUCACUAUUACCGCUGGACUCGGUGGGCGGGGCGCGCGAAGAGACAUCAGCCUCAGCGGCGCGGAGUACGACCCUGACAGACCACUCAACCAAAUCAUGGCUGGCGUUGGCAAAUUGAGCAUGUUCGACGAAGGGUCCAAGUCUAAAAAUAAUAUCAACAGCACUACCUUUGAGCCACUCGUGGUUGAUAGCACCGCUGAGCUGGACAGGAUACUUCAGUCUGGCUACGCGCCUCAAAUGUCCAUUUCUCGUUCUGUCCAUCCGACUCCACCGCUGUCAAAUGCUUCGUCAUCCAGCUCGGACUCGGAGUCUGGUGGUUCACCAUCCCGCUCAAGACUCACAGACCACCUCCGCAACGUUGCCUUUUCGCCUAAACGCCCACGAAACGUCCUCGCAAGGACGUCCAUGUCCCCAGCUCAGCCCAACCACUCACAACAUUCUUCAGGCUCGCCUAUGCCAAGGAGACGGACCACCGCGGGAACGAACAAUACCACACCUGCAAAAGACAGCAUGGCCACUCCCCGACCAUCGAGACGACUCUUUAGCGGGGCUUCGAACAAAACGCCCGUUGCUCAGCCUGAGGUCCGCCUGCAACCCCCAACGCCUUCUACAGCAAGUUCCAAGUUUACUCGGAUGGCACGCGGGAUCGCGAAGGAUAUAGAGGAAGAGGCUAACAGGCCGCCGCCACAGCAGCAGCAACGUAAACCCUCCUCCCACGAAUCUCCCCGCCCCAAGGAUGUGGGCAACCAGAGUGUCAGGAGUAACGCUACCCGACGCGGCUUUUCCAGGGAGCAUUCCAAGAGCCGAAUUGUCUUGCCUGAUGUGACUGGCUUGACGAUGGCUGUCGAGUCUCCGGCGAGGUUGGGCAAAGAGUACUACCCCUAUGUGAGCGGCGCUCCUCGCGAAUCCGAGGUCCGGCUCUUGCAGACCCUCAAUAGUGUGCAAUCAAAACUUCAGCAACUCAAUGAAGAGAAUACGAUAUCCCGCCGGCGUGUGCACGAGCUGGAGAUGGAGCUGGACGAGUGCAAGCGGGAUGUGGCGCGUGAACGGACGAGGUUGUUGGAGAGGGAGGAGGUUAUGGUGCAGCAGCAUAAAGAUCUUUUGGAGGCUGUUGGGAGGGUCAAGGGGAAGGCUAAAGCGAGGAGUGAGGAAGAUGAAGAGGAAGUGACGAAGAGGUAUAAGGAGGCUGUUGAGGAGAAGAAAGCUCUUGAGGCUUUGAUCAACUCGCUCCGCACUCAUUUGACGCGGCUUACUUCUGAACUGUCGUCCCAGCAGGAACUGUUGUGUGAACUCCGUGACCUGCGCAACGCUGACUCUCAGACCCUCCGCGAAAAGGGCAACGAAAUUGUGCGGCUCAAUGAGGAGGUCGAGCGGUUAGCUGGGGAAAUUGAAGUGUUGAGAGGGGUGGUGGAGGAGGGGUUGAAGGAGAGGAGAGCUCAGCGGGAGGCGUCGAUCCAGCACGACCAGGCUGAUGUUGGGAUGUCUAGAGAUUUGGAGGAAGAGGAGGAGCAAGAGGAGGACAAUGGGGAGAGUGAUCGCGACGACGGGGCGAAGCCACCGGAAGAGGAGGAAGAGGAAGAAGACCUUGAAGGAUUCGACUCGUCCCGUGAACGUUCGCGAAUCGCUGAUCGUACCAUGCGCACUGACUUUGCCACUCUUGGUUCCUCCCGCUUUGGAGCUUCGACCUCUACACCUCACCGUGUCCAAUUCGUUGACCAGCGCGAGCUCGAUGAGAUUACUGCUGAAGUGGAGGAACGACGGUCGAACAACUCCGGGGCCAAUAUGAGUCGGUUGACCAUCGAGCCUUCGUUUGCGGUUGAUGUGGAAUCUGAGAAGGAGGAUGGGGAGGACGCGCAGUCGUCGUUUAACGGGUCGUAUAGGUCGAGAAGUCCUUCGCCCAUGCCUGUGCGAAGGCCUAGUCAGCAGCAGCAGCAGCGCUUGGGUUCGAGACAGCAGAGUGGCGCUGCUCGUGCGCCUGUUAUUCCUUCUACCCCUCCUUCCCGCAUCGAACCUCUCCCUCCUGUCCCAGCUCCUUCCAACCCAGCCCCCGCCAACACUAACGCCAACGCGAAUCCUCUAUCUAAAAGUCAAUCACGACGCGUCUCGUCUUCUAAACGUGCAACGCAACCCGCUGCAGCCCCGCCAGAGGUUUUGGAGACGCCUUUCCCUCAGAUUCGGGGUGAGAGGUUGGAGCGAUUGUUCUUUUCAGCGCCGGAACAUAAUCCGAAGACGUGCAAUGUGUGUUACAGGAGGAGGCAGCAUCGGGAUGACCCCAGGCGGUCGCCGAGCUAUUUGCCUAAUCAGCGGCGGGGUGGUUGGGCUCGAGGCGGUGCUCAGGACGGUGAGCAUGUGGAUGAGGAUGAGGAGGAUGAAGAUGAUGAAGGCUUUGCGGAGGGUUCGGAUGAUGCGCAUGGGGGACGCGCAAGGGCGGGUGUGUCGACUGACCCGAAUGCCUAUCGGAAUGCAGGACGUAAGGCUGGGCUGCCCCCUCAGACUGUUGUCAUGCGUGUUGUGCGUGAUCUGGAGGAUGAUUUUACGCAUUAUAAGAGUGUCUAUGUGGAGUUGGCGGACCAGUAUAAAGAGAUGGAUGCUGUGAGCGAUGUUCCCAGGCGGAAUUUGCUUGCGAAGCAUUUGAGAGAGGUGGUUGAUAUUUUGGAGCAAAAGGGCGACCAAAUUGCUUCCCUUUAUGAACUGUUGUCGUUUAAGGAUAAGCCGUCUGCGGAGUCUGGUGUUCCUUCUACGAGGCGGUCGUAG